CUGAUAUAGAUCUAAAUGCUAUCAGAUUUUUGUUUUUCAAUGAUAAUCAUGGUUACAUUCAAACGGCAAGACGAUAAUAGUAACAAUCAACAACAACAACAACAAUAUCAGGAGCCAAUGUCAGAAAAUUCUAUGCAAAUUUCAACUCCUGUUAUACUGCAUCAUAAUCAUCAUCAUCAACAUCAACAACAAAUGACGAAAAAAAUAUCACCAUCACUUGAAUCGUCAAAAAUCAUCGAUGGACCAAUAGUAAUUCGAAAUCAACCAAAAAUAUUACCAUCAUCAUCAUCGUCGAUGGCUUUGUUCGAACAACGACGACGUAGCAGUUCAACUACAACCAACAGUGUGCGUGAAGCUACAUUUUUAAAUGAUUUAAAAGUUCAGAAUGUAAAAAUUCAAAUCGCUAAAGAGGAGAAUCCAAUAGAUCAACGUAUCAAUUUGGAUAGAAAUAUUUCUCGUGAUAAAAUCGAAGGUUUAAAUCUUCGAAUGGCUGACAUGUUUGCUAUCGGUGGUGGUGGAUCAACAAACCAAUUCUAUUGUUCACCAAGUGCACAGAAUAGUUUUAUAGAGAUGAAAUCAUUGACAACACCAAACAAUCAAAGCCAUCUACAUCCAAAUAAUAAUAUCGUUGAUAAUGAUCUUAUCGAUAAUGUUGGUAAUAAUAUUCUCAAAAACAACAUUGUUCAUCAUAAUGAUAGUAAUCUAUUGAAUUCGACUAAUUCAAAUAAUAACUCGGAUCCUAAUCUCGAUCCAGUCGAUGGAAUUGUAUCUUUACUGAGCGCUAUCUAUUGCAAAAUUUUAGUUGUGAUCGGUUUAUGUUUUCCGAUCGCUGAAGUAAUCUCUCAUCGAAUACCAAUAAGCUGGUAUGAAGGAUUUUAUCUUUAUCUUUAUAUGGGUUCCAUUUUGUUUCUCAUAUUUGUCUACAUAUUUUUAUUAAAUCGUAAACGUAAACCAUUCGCUCAAUUUCGUCGUUCAAUUUCUGCCAUUAUGGUACGUAAUACAAUCCGUGAAAAGAAUAAUGAUGGUUGCACUGGUGGUAUCGGUUCCAAUAAUGAUGCAUAUGAUGCAACAGAUAAUUCGAUCGAUGAAGAACAUUAUGAAUUCGAUCCACAACAACAAGCACAAUGCGGUUCAUUUUAUUUACGUGUUGGUGCUGUUGCAUUUGGUGUUGGAUCAAUGAUUUAUUCCGGUCUUGAAUUCGGACAAUUUUUUGAACUAGAAUCAAAAGAGCAUUGUUAUUCAUUUAUUUAUGGAUUUACGCCUAGUUCGCAUAUGAUUUUCACAUUCAUACAGCUUUAUUUUAUAUUCAUGAAUUCUCGAGUGUUGAUUGCACGACAUAAGCUCAUUGCUAGAUUUGGAUUGAUGCACAUGAUUGCGACAAACAUUUGUGUAUGGCUUCAUGUACUCAUCCAGGAAACUAAACAUCAAAUUAUGGUCAUGGUUCAGACAAAUGGAACACAUGAGAUAAUCGGUUCAGAUCUUACAAAUGCUUGGGAUCAUGUUGAUGAUGUUGUUGAAGAAAUAUCAGAAGAUUAUCUUGAUUCAGUCGGUUCAUAUCCAGCAUUACAUCGAACCAAUAGUAAUAAUAAUAAUUUACCAUCAAUGUUGCUUAGUGUUUCAAAAACAUCGACAACGACAGCAUUGCCAUUGAUGACCACGAUAUCAACAUCAUCAGUCGAAAGUCAUAUUAAUCAAAUACAUCGUACAGUUCGAAGUUUAAAUGAUCAUUAUAUUAUUACUACUGGUCAUUGUAGACGAUCGAAUGUUAUUGGAGAAUUGGUGACUGAUGCAUCACAAUUUUUAUUUCCUUGCACCAUUGAAUAUAGUUUGAUUUGUGCUGCCAUUCUGUAUAUCAUGUGGAAAAAUAUAAGUGAAAUAAGUGAAAAACAUAAGAAUAGCUCAAAAUAUUCCAAUUUCAACAAAACGACUACAUUUGUUCAUCAUCGUCAUCAUUAUCAGGUUGACUGUGCAAAAGCACAUAAAGGUUUAUUUACAGGGAUUUUCUUAAUGGUCAUGUGUAUCAUAUCGUUGAUACUAUUUUUUGUUUUCAUUAAAAAACAUCAAUAUAGAAAUUUGGCCGUUCUACAAGCACAUAUUGUUGAAUUGAUUAUCUAUUGUAUUACGGCAAUCGCAUCGUUAAUUGCGUUGUUUCAGGUUCGUGAAUUAAACUAUAAUCGUAAUCGUGGAGUCGAAUUGGACAAUAUUUUGCUCAUUAUUGCGCAAUCUGGACUUUGUAUAUUUACAAUGUUUUCAAUAAUCGGUGCGCAAUUUAUCAAUCAAUUACAAAAUACUCGGCUUGUGUUGAUUAAUGCAUUUGCUUGUCUUAUACAAGCAUUACUGCAAUCAAUAUUCAUUUUGGAUGCAUCCAAAAGGAAAGCAUCUACAAUCGAUCAAGUAAGACGAAAACCGGGACGUGAAAUGGUUACAUUUUUAUUGGUCUGUAAUUUUUCAAUGUGGGCCAUCAAUACGUUAGAAACACGACGUGCCGAUUCGAAUCCAGUUCAAAUGUCAUUCUAUGGAUUCUGGGCAUGGACUAUAAUCACACACGUUACAACACCAUUAACAAUAUUCUAUCGUUUUCAUUCAACUGUAAGCCUUUGUGAGAUUUGGAAAAGUACAUAUAAAAUCAAAAGUGAAUAUCUUUAACUAUCCUAUCAUUACAGACAUGAUUUGUAUGUUUUUGACUAUAAUGUCAAAUUUUGAAUUUUUUUAUUUUAUUUUUUUAAAAAUAAAUGUA